GAGAAUAACAAUAUCAGACCAACCACUGUGGUAACUUAGCGACAUUAUAAAUACAAGUGGUCGCGUAGCCAGCGGCAGACGUGUGUUGUGAUCGCUCGCCAGAACGCGCGCGAAUCGCGGGAAAUUUGACAAGCAGCCAUGUUGGUUUUGAAGACUUUGCUCAUCUGCGCGGCGUGGCUCACAGUCCACUGCCAGGGUCACAAUGGACCCACCACGACCCCUGUGCCUAUCCUCAAGCAGAUCAACAGGCAGAAUGACGAUGGAUCCUACAGUUACGGCUACGAAGCUGCCGAUGGGUCCUUCAAGAUUGAGACGAAGUACCCCAAUGGUGAUGUGGCUGGGAAGUACGGAUAUGUUGAUGAGAAUGGCAAGCCUAGAGAGAUUUCUUAUGGAGCCAGCAGCCAGAGGGGAUUUGAACCAGAAGGUCCCGGCAUCAUGGUACCCCCACCAACCUUGAACAACAACCAGCACUCAACCAACGCCCUCACUGACGGCCAAGAAGACGACGGCCAGUACCGAGAGGAUCCCAGCAUCUACGAAGACCCUAAGUACAACAGCCGCGCUCAACCACGACCAGCCCCAAUUAGGCAGUACCACCAGCCAGCACAACCAGCCCCACAGAGACAGUAUCAGCCAGAACCUGCAGCAUUCCCUACAGCGGCCCCAGCUCCUCAAUACCAACAGCCUAGCCAAUUCCGUUCAGCUCCAUUAUACUCUCAACAGACUAGCCUAUUCAACCAAGGUCCUCAGCAGUUCCCUUCUCAAAAUCAGGACUUCAGGCCUCAAAGCCAGGUGUACCACCAGCAGCCUCAGUUCUCUUACCAGGCUUAUACUCCUCAGCCUUAUAACAACUUCCAGAGCCAGUCCUUCCAGCCUCAACCUCAGCCGCAGUACCAACAGCAGAGUUACAAUCAGAAUCAGAAUUACAACCCGUUCUUUGGACACCCUGCCCAGAACUUCGAUCCUAGCUCUGGGUCUUAUUCUAUUAAUUUCACUGGUUAAGCAGUGAUUGGCUGUUGUUUUUUGAUGGUAUUUUAGGUGUUAAGUCAGCGGUGGAGUAGACGAAUCAUUAUUUGGAAACUGGUCAUAAAUAUUAGCUUAAAAUUAUAUGAAAGGAAACAAAAGAACAAUGAUAAAACAAUCUGCAGUCACGGUUUGGAAAAUGUUGCCAACUUCAGCAAAUAAUGAUUUUUCUACUGAACCAAAAUGUAUAAAAAUAUUUUGUACAAAAUGUAGAAUAUUUAAGAUUACCCAAAGUGACGAAAGACACCUUUUUACGAUUUUUUGUAUAUUUUUAGUACUAGUCAAUAGUAUCGGCGUUUUUUAUGAAAUUUUGUACGAAGGAGCUUUAAUUAUAUUGUCACUAACAAUAUGAAUUAAAUUAUUUAUUGAUACAUUUCCUUUGUUAUAAGUUUUAUAGUUACAUAUAUGUGAUAUACAUAUGUAUAAUGUAUCCUUCUAUCUAUUAUACCAGUAUUUAUUUAUCUUAUAUUAUAUUUAUGUAUAAUGUCGAAUGCUGAGUAUUCUAUUUAUAAAUACUUUCAAUAUUAAUCUUAUAUAUUUUACACGUAUCUUAUGUAUACUACAUAAGUUAUCAGUACAUAAACAAACACUUAAACCUUUUCCAAUAAAAAUAUGACUACCAUUUUAUCACACCAUGUUAUAUAAAACAAUAUUUGUUGUCUUGUACUCAAAAUAUGUAAAUAUAGGUACCAUAAGUAUUAUAAUUGAAUUAUAAUAUGCAUUCAUAUAAAUUACGUGAUUUGGCAAUACAUUUUACACUUACCUAAAGAAUUACACUAAAAGAAAUUUUCAUCUGGUAACACACUUAGCAGCCUUCUUACUGCAAGUAAUUUUUCAGCUGAUUUGUGAAGCUGCAGGAAUUUAUUUAUGGCAGUCUAACUGCAGUACUCAAAUUGGCUGAUCUUAAUAACUCUAGUUUUCAGGCUUCUAAGUGUGUUACUAGCCUUAAGUUAAAAGCUUAGCAAUACAUUUAAGUUAUAUUUGCCUUUAUAAAAGCUAAGGGUGUUCAUAUUGUACACGUAGAUACACUCUAAAUUAAUAAAAUAUUAUAUUUACAGUAAAAAUGUAAUUUCAAAUUAGCAACGCAAAAUGAUGCCAACAUUUAUCAGGCACGUAUCUUAUGACUGUAACGGUUAUUAAAUACUUACUCAUAUAAUUAAUAAUAAAAUGUGUUGCCAAAUUAUACAUUUAUAAAAAUACCCAAUAAAAUAAAAAUAAACCUACAUUUAAGUACCUAACAAUGAAAUAAAUAUUCAAUAAACGGCCGAUUGAUUACGCGUGCUCCAUUUCAAAAUGGCGACCGCAACGCGAAAUAAUACGUGUAUAGAUUGUAAAUAUAUGAUUAAAUAAAACGUUAUGUAAUA